AUGAUGCAGAAAUUCUGUUUGAUGGCUUCUUAUGGAUUUGCUUCGGAGAUUGGUUGCCAACAAGAAUUUGUUAUGAAGGGUUGUCAACAAUUGGUGCCUUAUCAUGUAACAAAACCGGAAAUUGUUCGAUAUCAGUGUCCUAAUCUUAGGUUGAGUUCAACCGAGGAAUUGAGAAUGACAUCGAAAGAGUGGUUUGGUUCUAAUCAGUUUGUCAAUUUGGAGUUGUCAGCUCUAAAGCCAAUGGUUAUUGAUGUGCAAGCAACUUUUCCAAAUGAACUUUUCGGCUUUGGUGCCGUUGAUCAAUGCACUGAGCAUGAUAAAACUUUGCAUUGCAUCACAUCUGAGGCUGCUGAAGCAGAUGGCCAAGUCACAUUUAUGGGUACAGAAAUUGAGAUGAAGGAUUUUCUUGCUUUAGUUGCCGAGUCAUACUUAUCAGAAAGCACACAUAAGGGUGAAAAACAGUCUAUGCUUGUUCCACACUUCACUUGGCUGAAUAUAAAUGAAGUAGAGGCCAGAAGUCAUCCCUCUACAUUGGAUAUUCACUCUACACUGACUGUUCCUUUAAAAAGUCCUGAGAAAGUCAAAGUCAAGCAGUCGCGAAAAAAGAACAAGAAAGUCCCCAGGGAGAGGGAUCUGUUUAAGAAGAACUACAUUCAUGCAUGUGAAAGCCUUCUGUUUUUGAUGACUGAUAAAAGUCAUCAUCGGGAAACAGCAAUUCUUGCCCUGAAGAAAUCUGGCCCAGAGCUUCCUGAACUCCUCACCCAAUUUUCUGCCGGCAUUGCUGGUACUGGCCUUGCUCUUGUGCUAUCUGUGAUCUGCAAGCUAGCUUGCGGAAGGGUCCCCUUUUGUGCUUCUAAGGUCUUCAACACGGGUUUGGGUUUCGGGCUGGUUUGGCUUUCUUGUGGAGUAAAUAAACUGAGAAAUACAAUUGUUUACAUAAGCAAGAAUACUGGAAAGAAGGGAUUGAGAGAUGAAGAUGUGAUACAAAAGGUGGAUAAGAGCCUAAAAGAGGUUUACUUUAGAGCUGCAGCAUUGCUAGUAGUGGCAGUGCUAAGGCUUGCUUGA